CGUCCGGUCUCCGGUCCGUCCCGGAUCCGGCUGCGGCAGCGCGGGGCGGGGGCUGUCGGGGGUGUCCGGCUCCGCUUCCCCCGCUCAGUACCGGGGAACCGGUGUAGGGCACACGGCGGCGGCGAUGGACGGCCGGGCGGCGGCAUGAGGCGGCGGAGGCGGCGGGGAGCAUGGCGGCGGCGGGCGGCGGCGGGGCGCGGCGGGGGCUGCUGAAGCGGAAGCCGAACUUCACGUUGCAGGAGCUGGAGGUGCUGAUGAGCGAAGUGCUCCGGUACGAGCCGCUGCUGUUCGGCGCCGCCGCCGGUACCGUGAACGCGUACGAGAAGCAGAAGAUCUGGUGGCGGAUCACGCACAAGGUGAACGCCGCCGGCCGCCACCAGCGCGACAUCGGCGAGGUGAAGAACCGCUGGCGGGGGCUACGCCGCCGCGCCGGGGACAAGAUCAGCCGGCACCGGCUGGAGCGGCAGGGCCCGGCCGGCAGGGCCGCCGCCAGGAACGGGAACACCGGGAGCACCGGGAAUAACGGGAGCAACGGGAACGGCGCGGCCGAGCCCGGCCCGGGGCCCGCCCCCGCCCCCGUCUGGGGUCCUCGCGGCGCCGCCGGAACCGACCCUUCGAUGCGCAGCGCCGAGGGGUCGGCACAGCACGGUGAAUGUGUAAAGGAGGAGCCGGUAAAGGAGGAGCCUUUGGAGGUGAAGACUGAGCCCUUCCACGGCCCCGCUGCCGACGGCGUUCCCGGCCGCCGCUCAGACUGUCGGCUGCCCCGCCCCGGCAUCUGCCCGCCCAACGAGCUGUGCGAGGGCUGGAGCCGGAGCCCCCCGCGCUCCGCACCCUCCGAACUCUCCCUCGGCGACCUCCGCGGGCAGCAGGAGCCGCUGGGCUCCGACUUCCCGAGUCUGCUGUUGGAGCAGGAGGCCGAGCAGCUCAGUCACUGCGGCGCGGGAGAGGCAGGGCCCCCCGGGGGGCUGGACGGGACCCCCGAGCGCCCGCAGCUCAGCCUCGUGCAGUCCAAUGAGCGGCUGGUGCAGGAGAUGCGGGCGUUCCGCCGGGAAUACGCCGAGAGCCGUCGGGAGACCACGGCGGUGCUGCGCGGCAUCGCCCAGGCGCUGGGCGGGCUCAGUCGCAGCCUGACCGAAAUCCGUGACCUCUACCUCCGGGAGCGGGGGGUCCCCAAAUCCUGAGCCUCCCACGCAGCUGGCUGUGUACACACACUCCAGAACCCACGUCGCUACUUUUAUUAUUAUUUCUUUUCCUGUCCAUCCCACUUCAAUAAAACUCGGAGCUGCACCCCCAUGGCUCCCCCCAC